AUGUCAAAAUAUUUUCAAGGUGGUGUAAAGUUAGCACCAACCCUAGAUUCAAUAGAUCAUAAUUCAAGAAAGUUACAUGACAACGACGGUAAUAUAAAAAAUUCAAAUAACAAUAAUAUCAAUAACAGUACCAAUAGCAAUAAUAGUAAUAAUAUAGAAAAUAAUAAAAUCGAAAUAAAUAAAGAUUUAGAAAUAAAUAGUUUUGAAAAUCAAUUAAUCAAAUUUAGUUCAAUUGUUAGUUCAAGUGAAAUAAAAAUAAAUCAAAUUAAUAAUGAGUUGAAUGAAAGAUUACAAAUACAACAAAUAAUAAUUAAUAAACUAUCAAAAGAAUGCGAAUCAAAAGAUAAAGAUCUUAUUUAUUUAAAAAGCGAAAAUCAAAAAAAAUCAAUUUUUAUUGAAACUCUUUUAGAACAUAAGGAGGAGCAUCAAAAAAAACUAAAGGAUGAGCUUAAAUAUAAAGAUCACCAAUUAAAAGAACAAAUUGCCAAAAAUGAAAAUUAUCUAUCAGAAAUACAAUCAUUAAAGCAUUUAAUAAUCUCCAAAGAAUUAGAAUAUAAAAAAGAACUUAUUCCACUAAAUAAUAUAAAUUCAAAUACUAUACACCCAAUGACAAACAAUAAUAAUAAUAAUAAUAAUAAUAGAAAUAAUAUUGAAGCUCAGCAUUCUUCAUCCACCAAAUCUUUAUUUAACAUCCAUAAUGAGGAGCUAUUACAAUUUAAUGGUUCAUUUGGUAAAGAGGCAAGUAAUGAGGAUUUGGGUUUUUCUUUAUCAACAUUUAAUUUUAAAAAUUCUGAUAUUUAUGGGUAUGAUGAUGUAAUUACCCUGGACCCAUUAUCAUUUCAAAGUUUAGAUUCUAGUAUUAAACCAAAUAAAGGUAAUAUCAAUGAUGAACCAAAGCCCCUAACUAAUGUGGUUUACGUAAAGAAUAUCUCACCAUUAAAGCAUUUUUUAAAUGAUAGUGGGAAAAUUAACAUUCCUCUUCUUUACAAUCAUUUUAUAACAUUUGGUGAUUGUAAAAUAUUGGUAGAUAAGGAUGGUAGCAUAUUCAAGAUUUUACACGAAACCAUUAAGGGAGAACUUUUAUGCAAUGUAACCAGAAUAGUAUUAAGUGUAACAGUUAUCAAGAUGAAACAACAAUAUCAUUGGAAUGAUUCAUUCAAAGGGGUUUUAUUAGCUGCAUUUGCAAUGGGUUAUUUAUGUACCCAAUUACCAGCACAGGCAUUAUGUGAUAGAUUCGGCGGGAAAAAAGUAUUUUUAGUGGGUCUAACUACAUCAGUUUGUACAUUGUUUUUGGUACCGGUAACAGCCAAGCAUAAUGCUCUUUUAAUAUUGGUUAGGGUUGCAUGUGGUAUAUUUCAAGGUGUUGCAUAUUCAACUAUAAACUGGAUGGUUGCAAGAUGGAUUCCUCUGAGUCAAAGAUCAACUUCAGCAAGUAUAAUAUGGAGUGGUAUAUUUAUUGGAACUGUUGUUGGCGAUUUCAGUACACCAGUUAUUUUAGACUAUUUCUCAUGGGAAAUGAGCUUCUAUAUAAUAGGAGGAUGCUGUUUAUUGUGGUCUUUGCUUUGGUUGGUUUUUAUGUCAGAUUACCCAAAGGAUAUUAUCAUUGGAAUUCAUCCUAAUGAGUUGUUAUUCAUUAAUCAUGGAAAAGAAGAAUUCACAAAGGAUAUAGAUAUGGAUGAAAUAAAAGGAAAUAAUCAAAAAAUAGAAAUUCAAAAUGAAAAUACUUCAAGUAGAGAUUUAGAUAACAGUCUAAAUAGCUUUACAAAUAGCAAAGAUGAAAGUAUAGACAGUGAGGUGGACUAUAUUAGUUCCUCAUCAAAUUCAAUCUCCCAAUCAAAAGAUAGUAUGGAUCCUCCAACAUUAAAGAAAGAAAAGGACUCAUACUUUUUUAUAAUAAGAACAUUUUUAACAUCUCAAAGUGUAAUAACAUUGCUUUAUUUAAACAUUACUUGUAAUUGGGGUUACUUUUUAUUGUUAAACUGGUAUCCAACCUAUUUAUCAAAACAGCUUGGUUACAGUACUGGUUUUAUUUUCGCUUGCUUCAACUCGUUGCCAUUUUUCAUCGCCUUUUUAAACUCUAUUGUAUUUGGGUAUGUUUCAGAUAAAUUAGAAUCAAGAGGAUAUAAAAAAAAUACAAUUCGUAAAGUUUUAGGUUCAUUCGUCUAUUGGUUGCCAGCUCUAUUUUUAAUGUUGUUAGCAAGAGUACAUGUGGAUAAUGUUGGUAAAAUAGCUUUUAUAACUAUAGCAAUUUGUGCAAAUGGCUUUUCUAACGUAGGAUAUCAAAUGAUAACAUUAGACAUCUCAACAGUCAAAAAUGCUUCAAUUGCAAUGGGUAUCGGUAAUUUAGGAUCAGCAAUUCCAUCCAUGUUAGGACCUUUAGUUGGUGGGUAUAUUUUAGAUGCUUUUAAUGGGGAUUGGAGUUAUAUUUUUAUUAUAUCAGGUACAACAUAUAUAGUAGGAACAAUAGUAUGGGUAGCAUUAAUGAAAACUGAUGUGAUCAUAUAA